GCAAAGGCCCGGCUCUCUUUGUUGGGCUCCCCAAACAGCUUUCCCUUCCUCUCCACCACCCCCACCCUCCCCGGCGCUACAGCGGAACCAAAAUGCGAGGAGCCGCGCAGGGAGGAGACACCGAAGCAGGAGCGGUGCCAAAGGAGACAUGAGCAGCACGAAGGACGUAACCUGCAGGUAUUUUGUACAAGGAGUAUGUCGUGAAGGAAAUAGGUGUCUGUUUUCCCAUGACUUGGCUACGAGCAAACGAUCUACUAUCUGCAAAUUCUAUCAAAAAGGACAGUGUGCCUAUGGAACUCGCUGCAAAUAUGAUCACGUUAAACCUCUGGGGUCCUCUGCAUCCGGGGGCCCAGUGGGUUCUAGACCACUUUACAUUGCUGCACCACCAUUCCAAAGAUUUAACUCUCCAUCAGAGCAAACCCCAACUGUUACCAAAAGUAAAGUACACGAAUCUGGAAAACGUGAAAAGAAAACCUUAGUGCUCAGGGACAGAGACUUGUGUGGAACCAAUGAAGAAAGGACAAGGCCUGGGGCAGUAAGUGACUUGGCAUGUUGCAGUAUUCCAGCUGACAUACCAGAAGCAAAGCCCCAUUCGUAUUUAGAUGCUAUCCGCAGCGGGCUUGAAGAUGAUGCUGAACCUGGGAGCUCAUACGCAUACGAUGAACAGUUAUGCCCCUACGCAGCAGCCGGCAUGUGCCAGUUUGGGGAUCGGUGCCUCUACCUCCAUGGGCAAGUGUGUGAAAUCUGUGGAAUGCAAGUGCUCCAUCCCUUUGAUCCAGAACAGAGGAAGGCACAUGAAAAGAUGUGCAUGGCUAGCUUUGAACAUGACAUGGAGAACGCCUUUGCCUUCCAAGCAAGCCAGGACAAGGUGUGCAGCAUCUGCAUGGAAGUGGUUUAUGACAAGCCCUCCGCAUCCGAAAGAAGAUUUGGCAUCCUUUCUAACUGCAAUCACACCUACUGUUUAUCCUGUAUCCGUCAGUGGAGGGGGGUCAAGCAGUUUGAGAAUCCCAUCAUCAAGUCCUGUCCAGAAUGCCGUGUGAUAUCCGAGUUUGUCAUUCCCAGUGUGUACUGGGUAGAAGAUCAGACAAAAAAGAAUGAGCUAAUUGAAGCAUUUAAGCAGGGGGUUGGGAGAAAAGCCUGCAAGUAUUUUGAACAAGGAAAGGGGACUUGCCCAUUUGGGGGGAAAUGUUUGUAUCUCCAUGCUUACCCAGAUGGAAGACGAGCUGAGCCAGAGAAACCACGAAAGCAGCUCAGCUCUGAGGGGACAGUCCGGUUCCUCAACUCUGUUCGUCUGUGGGAUUUUAUUGAAGACCGAGAAAACAGGAUGCUGCCAGUUGCCAAUGAUGAUGUAUCUGAGAUUGGAGAGCUUUUUAUGCAUCUUUCUGGCACAGAUGCUGAAUCUGCUGCUGCUCCCUAGAAUACCACAAGAUCUCUCCCGUGUCCAUAUUCCAUAUUGAUCCUUCUGUUUCUUCAGUAACUUUGUACCACAAUGUUAGAAUUAUUGUGCCAUGGAGACUGAGGUCCUGGUGAAAUUCUAGUAUGAGCGUCACUGUAGAGCAAAAGUGUUGAAACAUCAUAAAAUGAGUGGUUGGAAUAAAAGUGAUAGAUGUAAUCAUGAAGAGAAGAACUUUUCUAUUAGAAGGAAGCAGCAAUGUUUUUUUAGUUUAAACGAAUAUUUACUCCCAUUUUAUUGAAAAAACUUGCUAUUAAGAUUUGAGGUAGAUCCAAGUAAUUGGAGGUUGUCUUUUAAUAUUAUAAUAUCUUAAUAAAAGAACGGAAAAAUACAUCUAAUUAUCCAUGUCAAAUAUAUCAGUGUGGUUUAAAAUUAUCAGACUCUUUUCAGGGUUGUUAGCAAAAAAACAACAACAAGCUAUCUUCCAAGGGUAUGUAACACUACAUGGCCUUUUUUUUUUUAACUAAGUGAUCUUUUUUUAAAAAAAAUGGGCAUGAGCAUUGUUAAUGUAUUUUAUAAGCAGCAUGGUUAUUUAAACAUUUACCGCACUAUGUUACAGUUCUCCUAGCUUAAGUUGUACCCAUUUUUCCUUUUUAAUGCAACUUAAGUAGCCACAUUUAAGAUUAUUUGUAGGAAUGAGAUAUCUAAGAAUGAAAGUACAGUCAAAAUAAUCCAUGUUAGUUGUAUGAUUUUAUUGGAAGCAAUAACCAAGAUUCUACUUAUACAUAUAAGUAGAGAAUUCCUUUGUUAGUUAGCUCCAAGUAGGAGUGGGAUGGACUUUCAUAAAUUAUUGUUUUAGUUCCAAUAUGUUCCAAUAUUGAACUAAAAUCUGUUAAAUCCAUAUAUGGGUAUUGUUAUUUUUUCCUCCCAUUUAAUUGUGUCUGAUUCUUGGAGACUGAACAAGGUCCUGCAGGUUACUUGGUAAGGGUUUUCAGAAGUGGUUUGCCAUUGCCUGCUUCCUAGGGCUGAGAGAAAGUGACUAACUGGCUCAGCUGGUUUUAUACCUAAGGCAGAACAGACAAGUUCCUGCUUUCUAGCCUGAUGCUUUAACCACUACACCAAACUGGCUCUCAUGGGCAUAAUAGGCAUUGCUAAAAUACUGGCGCUCUGUGACAUGAUAUAGUUUAACUUUUUAAAAAGUAGCACCACUAUCUGAACAUUGCCUGAAAAGUAGGACCAAGCUGUAUUUCAAAUUUGGAGGCGAAAAGAUGCUUCAGAGCAGCAUGUUUGCUCAUGGAGCCCCUUUCUACAGCUCUUUAAAGCAGCUGUGCCUUUUUCUGGAUGCUGUGCAUAUUUGCCUUGACAUCCAAAGUAUUGCAAAACUUUCCAGUUUUAAGAUAUAUUUUUUUAUCCCAGCCCCAUUAGUGGAAGCAAUUAAUAGCAGUGUUCAGCUUUCAAAAACAGCCCUCAAUGAUACCAUACUAUACAGGAGGAUGGCAGGUAACAGAAAAUCAUGACUUGGGUCAAUCCAACUAGUGGGUGAGAGUGGUAGAAGUUCAAUGGAAUAGAGACUAUUUGACCUGCGUAUACUAAUUUGCACACAAAGAAUUUUCUGGAUUUUGAAUCUGCUCUUUGAAUGGAAAUUGCAGUCCCUGUCAGAAUGAAUGAGUCACUUGGUAACUGUCCCAUCCUCUUGAUGUUAACUGAACGUUAAUAUAUAUUUAAAAAUAAUGCCCAUAUUCCUAGUAACUGCAGGAAACUUGUACUUUACUUGGCAGACAUUAUAAGAAUCUAUUUGCUGCUGUUUACGGGGGUGGGAGGGUAGGGAAUCCCUCAUUUACAGCCCUAGAAUUCCCAGGUAGUUUCCUAUCAAAGUAUUCAUCAUGGUUAACUCUACUUAAAUUUUGAGAUUGUCUAAAGUUGCUGAGACAAUUAUUAACCUUUUAGGCCAUUCCUGUUUAUUACUGGUAAUUGAUUCAAUACCUUACAGUGUUAUAAAGUACAGUCACAAGUGCUGCUGAAGUCACAUUCUAAAUCCUCACAAAUGGGAUUGUGUAGAUAUGGAAAGUAUGUAGGGAAAUAAUCAUAUAGGCCCUCUUUGUGGUGUAAGUACUAUAGAGAAGCAGAGUAUCCUGUCUGGCUUGCUUGUCUAACAUAGGAGCAGGUAGUGUAUACUAUCAGGAGUAUGUUUGGAGUUUUGACAGUAUAUUAUGAGUUCAUUCUUGCAAUCAAUGGCUGUGUGUUUAUAUUUACAAGAAUUUAUAAAUGCCCAAAGAUGUGAAUGUACACCAUGUGGUCAGCACCUGCUCUAGUAGAUCUUUUAAAAAUGCAUUUAAUUCAAUCAGCUGGUUUGGCACUUAUGUAUCAGGUGAAAAUAAUAUAGUCAUAGUCUAUUCUCCAACAGCAUAGUUCCAAAAUAGCAUCAUUUUCUGUACCUAAACCAGAUAUUUAGUCUCAUAUAAAAGUCCUUGGUGGCAUCUUUGAUAAUUAGUCACCUUUUAAAACUCGGUAUCUAAAAUUGGCUACUCAUAGGGAUCUAGAGGUUGUAGACAAACAUUCAAGCAGACUGAAUUAAUUUGCUUCUUUGUCAAUGGUUAGUAAUAUCACUUUCUGACCCAUCCUAAGCUUGACACUUAUUUUGAAGACUGUAUCUGUUAUUGCUGUAAAUUUAUUAGAUAAUUUAUUAAAUCUUGUUCCAGGUUUGUGGUCCUUUAAAUGCUACUGAACAUGUGCAGCUUUCUUACUACAGAUUUAGGAUCUGAAAUAUUAUUGAAGGAUUGCAAAAAGAAUGCAAAAAAAUACAGCCCAGGGAUGACAUGUGAUUUGCCAGCAUACCUUUUGCAGAGUAAGAACCAAUAUCUUCAGCCUCAUCUUUGGGCAAGAUUUGU